UGAAAAGUGAGAAGCAAGGAAGUAUUUUCUUUCUAUAUUUUUUUAUUAUUUUUUUGUUUGUUCUUCCGUUCUCUUUACCAUUGAAGGCUCUCUGGCCGGCACUCGGAAGUCGGGACUCCGCCACACCCGCUUGCACCAGGGUUAGAAGGAGGAAUCCAAAAUGCCAUUUGCAUUGUAAAGAAGCUAUGAGGAACAAUGAUGGAGAAGUGGAACGAAAGGAGAGCAUUCCCAGCCUUGAUACCAGAUUCAAUCAGACCCUUAGAAGUGUUCAAGGACUGGUUCAAGGUCGCAGUUUCCCUGGAAAAGUUUUGCUAAGCCGGAGAUCAGAGUCACUGAAAGAUUCUAGCUCAGCUGAAAAUCCUCUGGACAUUGAAAGGAGUCGAUCAGAAGAUGAUUUCAGGUUAGGUGAACAUACGGACACGUCAUUUGAGGGCGAACUUCAAAGUACGAGCAAGGUAACAAAUGAGACGACCAUUAGUAAACCACCAUCCUCCAUUACAAACAUGGAGAGUACAUCCAGAGAGGCUCAGAAGCUCAUGUUUGGGGCUAGAGCCACUGAUUCUGCGAGGGUUAUGAAGUUCACAAAGGAACUCUCUGGAUCAACUGUCAUAUUAGGUAUUUGCUUUUCUUUGUUCUCUAUUGUCUGCUUUGCUUCCUUGUUUCUGACCUUGAAAAACCUUUAUAUUUGCAGAUAUCAGAUUUUUUUUUUCCCGUUUUUAAGGGGCCUUAAUAUAUAUAAUUUAUUUUUGCCUUUUUAGACAGACAUAAUAAAGAAUUAAAGAUCAUAGUGUCGCAAGUUCAUGGUAUCAAAAAUUGAGCCAACCGAUAGUUGAAUUAUCACCUUCGCCAUGAAUCCUGGGACAAUUCAUACAUCCUCUUAGUUCUAUAUAUAUCAUACAUAUAUUGUUUGAAACUUGGGGUGAGGGAAGCUUUCAUAAUCACUCUAGGUCCAUAAAACUGGAUCAUGUGCUAAACAUAGUUUAUGUACAUAAACAAUUAGAAGAUCUAGAUUUUGAAUGGGUCCUGACUCCUGACUACUUGCUAAUGGGUUUCUAAUCACCUAGAGCCACUAUGUAACACAUAGAAACCAGAACCGUAGUGAAGUUGAAGUGACCAGAACUGAAGAGAAAGUGAUAAACAGUAAUCUGGAAUUCUGGAUUUCAGAUUUAAACUAAAAUAUAAUGGAUUGCUCUAUAUAUUCAGGUAUAGGAACAGAAUAACAGAAACUGAAAUUAAUCUAAGGGUCUACUCUCAAGUUUCAGGAGAAUCCUAAUUGAAUUAGGACCUUUCUAAAUAGGAAAUUGAUGGCAGUACUUGGAUCAAAAGCAAACAACAAUUCCAGAUUUACAGUAGAUCAGAAAUCAGAUUUAAGGGCAGAACAUAUUUUGAUUUAGGAUCUGAAACAGGGUUUAAACAUUAACUUAUUGCAGUAAUAACAAUUUCAGAAACUCAGGAAUCCUAACAGAAUAGGACUCUGUUAUGAUCUGACACAAAGUUUAGCUUUUGAAACCAGGAAAAAACUCAGAAUAACAUCCGAUUAUAUGACCUGAAGUUAGAGUUGAAAUCUGAGCAAUAUUAAGCAAGAAACAAGGAUUUAGUGUGCGCAGGAAAUUAAGGUUAGAACUGACCUGUUGCAAAGUAAGAAAUGAAGAAAAUAUAUGACCUGAGCUUUCCUGCUCAAGCCUUGACCAGCAUCCCACUGAUCAACCCAGCAUCUACCAGGCAGCCACUGCAUCUCACGACUAUAAAUCUGAAUCUCACUGAUUUUAUUGGUAGAAACCAAGCUUUAUUCAACAUAAAAUUCAUAUCUUGGGCCUGUGGGCAUCACAUGUUUUAUAGAAACAAUUGACUUCUUAGAUACAAUUGGACUUGGAAUAUGAACACAUCCAACAACAAUUGACAUUUUGGACUGCUUAAUGACAGCUGUCCAGCCUUCUAAAGACAAAAGAAAAUACAUCAACAUAAGUUCCACAAUCUGGUUUUGAAGAGAACCAGAAAACUGGUUCAGACCAUUCCAAGACUAGACCAAGCUAAACCGCAGGCCUAUUCUGGCCUGUUCUUCAUCCUCCUGCAAGCAUACUUGUGAAGGAACCUGGAUUCUGCAUCUAUUGCAGUUAAUCUAGUUGAUCAGCAUCUGGUCACCAAAAUGUUGGCUGAAUCUUACGACUUUGGUUCUUUGUUACGGCAAUGACAGAUUAAUAUAAAGAGAAGAUAAAUGAAAAACAGGAGCUGGGCUAGGAUUUCCCACAAAUCUGCAUGAAACAGCCACCCCAACCACAAAUCCUAUGCAACUACCUGCAAAUUUACCCUAUGAUGCAGGAACAUCCUAAAGAAGAAUUCUACGAGUAACCAUUGGGUCAGUUCGGUGUUUGGGAGCAUUGUAUUCCAGAAAAUUAGUUAUUUUGCCACUGUUCUUAGAGCUUUAUUUUGGAGACCAAAACUUCUCGCUUUGAUUGCUCUUGGUUCUGUUAAAAGGCUUAUCCAUUUACUUUCCUAACAUAAUCAAGAUCUUCCACUUCCAAGUUGUAUUUGUAACGUUAUAGCCAUUUUAGAUUAGGUGUCACUCUGUGAUGUGAUAUUUGUUUUGGAAAGUUUAAUUAGAUUGUAGCCUUAUUUGUGUUAUUUCUUAAGUUGGUAGUUUAUUAUGGGAAAAAGAAGCUACCCGCUUGCGUUCCCCCACACCCUGACACAGCAGGGUGCAGAAAGACCAUGCUGCCUCUGCCCCACCAUACACUGAAGAUGCUCCCGUGCUCCCUUCCAUUGGCCAACACACUGCCAUGUUCCUGUGCCAGCAGGGUCGCGUUCUUUUUCCCUUUAUUUAUUUACAAUCCUUUUUUCCCCAUAAAACUAACGUUGCCCUCCAAUGAUUCAUCCAAACCCAUAUCCGGCUGAGGCGCAGUUGGCACUAUCGAGCUCUAAUAUCCACAAAGGCAGUCAAAACAUACAUCGAUGAUAAUGCAAAUGCAGCCCUAAUAACUUAACCAUGAUUGAAUUGCCAAUCCUAAAAGAACCAGUACUUGCACCACCAACAACAUCAUCAACAACAAACAACUCACCAUAUUGUUACUCUUUCAAGCUCAACUUGAAAAAGAAGUUUGUUCUGAAAUCCCUACUGCAUUUUGGUCUCGGAAAACACAUAUUGUUACUCUUCCAUAUGAAGAUGACUUUUCUGAAAACCGAAUUCCCACAAAAGCUCUGGCAGCUCAAAUGCUUGAUCAUUUAAGGGAAACCUGUCAGAAGAAGAUUUCUGAACUCCUUGCUAAAGGUCUUAUUAGACCUAGUAAAUCUCCCUAGAGUUGCACUGCCUUUUAUGUAAAUAAUAAUGCUGAAAUUGAACGUGGUGCACCUAGACUUGUGAUCAACUAUAAACCUUUAAAUAAGGUUCUUAAAUGGAUUCGGUACC